UGUAUUUUAAUUAAUUUUGAAAGGUGUAUCUUUUUUUCUUCAUCUGUUUGCUUAGUCAGUUGGGUCAGAGUUCAGUAAAUAUUGAUGAUGUCAUGCGCUGAAAAUGGCUGAAGGGGAAGGAGGUUGGUGGGGAGGCUGGCUACAGCAGGGCUUCCAGGCCGUUAAAGACAAGUCUUCUGAAGCGUACGAGUUCAUUAAGCGAGAUCUGACAGAGUUCUCCACCGUGGUGCAACAUGACACGGCGUGCUCCAUCGUGGCGACGGCCAGCGCCGUUCGGAGCAAACUGGCGGUGGAAGGGUCCACGGAGACCACAGAGAAGGUGAAGAGGAGCCUGUCCAAUCUCCUGGGCGUGAUCACGGACACCCUGGCCCCGCCCCCGGACAAAACCAUCGAUUGUGAUGUCAUCACGCUCAUGGCGACCCCUGCUGGCACGACAGAGGUGUACGACAGCACCAAGGCCCGUCUGUACAGCCUGCAGGCAGACCCGGCGACGUACUGCAAUGAACCCGACGGUCCCCCAGAGCAGUUUGAAGCCUGGCUCCAAGGCUUCUCUCUGGAGGAGAAGAAAGGGGAGAUCUCUGAACUCCUGGUCAACAGUCCCUCCAUCCGGUCCCUUUACACAAAAAUGGUUCCUGCUGCGGUGGCCCAUUCCGAGUUCUGGCAGCGCUACUUCUACAAAGUCUUUCAGCUGGACCAGGAAGAGGCGCGGAGAGUGGCCCUGAAGCAGAGGGCGGAGCAGGUGACGCAUUCGGAGGCCCUGGGCUGGGAGGAAGAGGAAGAGGAGGAUGAGUUUCUGGGCUCCGCCUCCUCGUCUCGUUUGGACUUCACGCCCCCGCUGGUAGAACCCCGCACCCCGCCCACCGACUCCGCCUCCCCGACGUCGCCCCAUACCGAAACCGCCGUCACCCCCUCGGCCAGCUGCGGGAGCGCCACCCCGCCCACCCAGCUGGAGAGGAGUCCGGAGGAGGGCGGGGCCGCGGGGUCACCGGAGGAGGAGGGGGGGGCCACGGGUCCCCCCGAGGAGCUGACGCGCGGGAUGGCCGAGGCCAGCCUGGGGGAGCAGGAGGUGGACGGCAGGGUCCCCCAACCCGAAACCCCGCCCACGGAGACCGACCAACCCCCAAAGACGCGAGCGGGCGGGGCCGGAGGCGAGGCCGCCGCCGCCGCCGCCCCCAGGCCCGCCCCCCGGACAGACACUGUGAAAGAGGAGGCGGCGCAGGACCUGAGGGUGUUCGAGCUCAAUUCGGACAGCGGCAAGUCCACCCCUUCCAACAACGGCAAGAAAGGGUCCAGCACAGACAUCAGCGAGGACUGGGAAAAGGACUUUGACUUGGACAUGACAGAAGAGGAAGUUCAGAUAGCACUUUCCAAAGUCAACGCAACAGGGCCGCUGGAAGAUGAUGACUGGGAGGCGUGGGACUGAAGCCCUCCCCCUCGUGCUCCUCCGACGGCGAACCGUGUGCUUAAACGUGCGUAGCCUCCGGCCCUCGCCCCUGCCACGCCUCUCCCCCCCCUGAGAUUAUCGGGGGAGAACCGGAGGGGCCUUUGGAAGUGCACCCUCUGCUGGCCAAAUGUGGGAAUUACUCAAGGCAAUAAGUUAGAUUGCUGUUGUACAGGAAAAAGAUAAUAAUAAUAAUACCACAAAGCUGUCGUCUUGUUCUGUUCUAAUGGGUAACAUUUCGGCUUUCCUGGUUACUAUGGGAACAGUUCCAGAUUGAGUAUAUUGACACUAGUGUAGGAAGGAUGCUAUAAUUUCUAACUAAUGCUUAAUGGAGAGAAGGGGAAAGAGCAGAAUUAAUUACUUGGUGAAAAGUAUGACUCUUCAUUUAAGGAGAAUUUAUAUUACCCCCCUCCUCCUCCUCCAUAAAUCUUCUGAUAUGCUAUUAAAUGUAUGUAAAAUAUUGCAGUUCUUCUUUUUAAAGUUAGUGAGAAAUGAAUUUACUUUCAGGCUGUUGAGUUGCCAUAACCUGUUUGUAAAGCUGCUUCUGUCUACGGGGAAGAUAAAGUUCUAUAUAAGAAUAUUUUUAGAAUAUCGGUAUUUCAGAUAAACUUCCGCUUGCUUUGUAUCUCCACUCACUAACGGUUCUGUCUUAUGCAAGUAAAAAUACCGUCUAAAAUAAAACUGAUUUUGCCUGUA